UCUCUUACAGCUCUGGGAACGCAUCGAAUAUGAAAUGUUUUUGAAUGUUGAAUUUGAUGACUAAUUUAAUUAACAACAUCCAAAUGGAUAAAGAAACCAUGUCCACCCAUUUUGGUCUAUCAAGAACUUUGAAAAGGACAGGCAGUUUGUCUUCGAGAACCGUCAGAAUAGUGAUACUGGGCCAAGCGGCUGUUGGCAAAACUGGUAAGCGCAGAAACACUUUUGCAUAGAAACAAUAAUUGAUGUAGAAAUUAUUAUAGCAUAGGUUAUGUGUUAUCAUCAGACUAUCCUGAUUUGCGCUCUAGUUCCAGACUUGUUUCAGUUUCACACGUGUAAUGGCUAUCAAAAGUAGUUUAAUCAAACUCAUAUUUAAUUUCGUAUUUUACAGCAAUGGCUGUGCGAUUUAUCACUAGAAGAUUCAUUGGCGAGUAUGACCCAACACUCGGUAGGUAUUGAGGGAGAGGGAUUGCGUCGACUUUAAUCCCGUAUGUCAUGCCAUGCGUGAUGACUCAGUGUAGCCUAGUGCAUUAAGGACUAAUACAUAAUUACAAUGAAUAGAAUAUAAUAGAAAUAUGGAUCACUCUGUCAAGUUUGACAAACAAAUGUCAUGUCUUUCUGCAGAGACCAUAUACAGACAUGAAAUGUCUAUUGGUGGUGAUGUGGUGCACUUUGAAAUACUGGACACAGCAGGACAAGUGAGCAUGCUUGGUUUAACCUAACAGUUAUGCAAUCAUCCUAUGAAUCAAUCUAAAUUGUUUUGACGUAGCCUACAAUUCUAUCUAAUUAAUCAUAAUUGACCACUCAUGUUUCUCUCCAGUUUGAAGACCUAUGUGUUACCAGUCAAUUGGCCAUAUUAUUUAUGCAAAUGCGUUCCACUCAAUCAUAUACACUGAGUAUACAAAACAUUAAGAACACCUGCUCUUUCCAUGACAUAGACUGACCAGGUGAAUCCAGGUGAAAGCUUUUGAUCCCUUAUUGAUGUCACUUGUUAAAUCCACUUCAAUCAGUGUAGGUGAAGGGGAGGAGACAGGUUAAAGAAGGAUUUUAAAGUCUUGAGACAAUUGAAACAUGGAUUGUGUAUGUGUGCCAUUCAGAGGGUGAAUGGGAAGACAAAAUAUUGAAGUGCCUUUGAACAGGGUACGGGGGUAGGAGCCAGGCGCGCCUGUUUGUGUCAAGAACUUCAAUGCUACUGGGUUUUUCACGCUCAACAUUUUCCUGUGUGUAUCAAGAAUGGUCCACCACCCAAAGGACAUCCAGCCAACUUGACACAACUGUGGAACGCUUUCAUCCCUGUGGAAUGCUUUCAACACCUUGUAGAGUCCAUGCCCCGACGAAUUGAGGCUGUUCUGAGGGCAACUUAAUAUUAGGAAGGUGUUCCUAAUCUUUUGUAUACUCAGAUAUUUUAUUGAUCUAUGAUUUUUGUGUUGUUGUUGCAGUUCUAUAACUAAAUAUACAUUUCUUGUAAGGAGGAAGAUGCCCUGCUAAUCGAAGAGAAGAUCAAGUGGGGAGAUGGAUUUGUCAUUGUGUACUCUGUAACAGACAGGUGUAGCUUUGACGAGGUCAUGCGCCUCUGUUUCCUCGUCAAUCACAUCCACUCCUCUUCAGGCGCCCGCAAGUGCAGCCCUGAGCCUCCACCCAUAGUUAUUGUGGCCAACAAGAAGGACCUUGAGUUUGACCGCAUGGUGAGCACUGAGGAUGGAGAGGGCCUGUCACGGGGCCUAAAACUGCCCUUCCAUGAGAUUUCAGUGCGUGACGGAUGGGAAGAGACAGCGGGCGUCUUUAAUGUUCUUUAUGGAGAUGUGAUCCAUCAACUUGACACUUCCCCAGCCUCAUACCGCAGGAGAGCAGUCUCCAAGCUGAUGGAGAAGAUCCCCAGGAUCAACUCCAAUCCUCCUGGCACCCCUGGCCGCAGCUUCAGCUUCAGCUCAUUCAGGGACUUCCUGCCUGACUGA